GUUCCCAUGGCAACAGCCUCCCUUGGUUAACCAGCCAGGGCAGACAGGGCUGCUGGCAGAGGUGGGGAGUGGUAAUUCCACCUAACCUGGGUCAGUGACCCCUGAAACCCCACGUGGACCACCUUAGGACAAGAUUGCAGUGUCUGCCCCUUCUCCUCUGGGAAGGGGGGUCUUUUGUGCCGGCUGUUGGGGGAGAGCGUGUGACCAGGCCACGUGACCUGAUGCAGAUUUAAAAGUCCGUCUUACCAGCAAGAAUAGCUCCAUAGAAACUGCUUCCUUUCACCCGGCCAACCUUUGCCUCCCUGUAAUGUGUCCUCCUUGGCCUGGCUCAGUCAUCUGGAGACGCAUACCAAAUGCAGAGAGACACAGAACGAGCAGCUCAGCUGAGCCCUUCUUCCGAAGAUGAAGCCUUAGUUUUGAGGCAGAAGCCGUUAGAGAUGCCAGCCCAAGAGGAGGACAGUACCACUCUGCAGCAGUGGAAAGCACGACAGCUGCAACGCCUGGCUGAGGAGUUAAAGGCAGAGUGGCAGGAGGCCCGGCUGCAGCAGGUCCGACAGGCUGAACGCCUCUAUUUAUCCCACCUGUUGGACGAGGCAGCUGAGCGGAGUGUGGGAAACGAUUCCAGCGUGCAUGAACAGAACCAGAGAAGAACAGCAAAACACACGAGGGCUAAAGAGAGAAGCCGAGCAGCAUUCAGAGAGGAGCGGGGCCGCAGGGAGGAGCACCCCAGGCAGCACCCCAAGUCCCGGAAAAAGGCACCAUGCUCAGAGAGACGCAGUUCUGCCAAAGCCCGGAGCCCAGCCUCUGGUGAGAAGGGUAAAAGGAGACGGGUGUCUUCAAGUAAGAACCACGGUGGCUACCAGGGCCCUCGGGUGACCAGAAGGGUAGGUGUGGCAAAGCUCAACCCAUUCUUUGAUGGAGACACUGACUGCAUGGAGGACGUGCAGAAGGAAUUCCUCCGGGAGGGGAGGCGGCCCUCGGCAAAGGGGACUCACAACCUCAGGGACCAGAGCCUACAGGGCAAAACAACAGCCCUAACUCAGCCCUUGCUCCUCGGCCCCACCUGCAAACAAGAGGCUGCAUCCCAGGAGCCCCCAAGCAAGUACAACAAGAAUCUGUGGCACAAAGAAAUCGAAUCUACCUUUGAAGAAUUGUUUAACACGAAUAGGAAGCUGAAGAAGCAUUUGAAUUUGCACCUGGAACAGAGGCUCAAGGCAGACCAGAAUCCAGAUGAGCAGCAGAGCUACUCAGAGAUUCGGAGUGAGAACUUUGGCACCCCAAGAGAGGAGAGGACGGAGGAGGUAGAAAUCACCGAGGAGUCUGGGAGCCCAACCGAGGUGGAGACCACUGAGAUGUGGUCCAAAAUCAAUCUGAAACAGAUACUGAGUGACACAGAGUACCCCAGAUACCAACAGAUAGCAAAGUACCCAUUAAAGAGUGAAAGCCUAGUGCCUGUCAAGGCAGGAACAUCUAGAGAACAAGAUGACUUACUCUCACUAAGCCCAGAGUCAGGACAGGAGCCACCCAAGUCACCUUUGUUGGAGGACGAAAGCCUCAAGCCUUACCUGCAGAAACAGGCAGACUCUGUAGCAAGCUGGAUGGCUUUGAGGCAAAAGCAGAAGGCAGAGUUGGAGCAGAGAAGGCAAAAGACACUUUUGGAGCUGACAGAACACCCCAACAUGAGCUUGGAGAUCCACUACAAGGCUGAGCUGGAGGAAGAACGCCGGGCGCGUAGACGGAUGCGCUUGGCUCUCCUCAAAUCUAAUUCCACUGGGAUCUGUGCCCUGCCCUCUGACCGAAACAACCUGUCCCUGGACAACGGCCUUCUCGAUGAGGACAAACAGAACCAGAUGAUUCGUGACCUCCAGCAGCAGAUCUUAGAGCAAAACAAGUUACACCAGGAGUUUUUGGAAAAAGCCAGGAAACGCUUGCAAGAGUUUCAAAAAUCAUUUUAAAAGCAGACCCACCCAUGAUAAAUACAUCCCUGAUGGCUGCUUUGCCUGCACCAUGCCUGUGUGUCUCUUAAGUCUCUUUGUUUCCCAUCCCAGCAAAUGCCUUCAUGCAGAAGCAGGUUCCCCAUGGGGUCCAGAGAGUGAGUCUAGCCGGUGUUCUACAGUCUGGUUUUAUAGUCUAUGGGGACUCAUGGAAACCCCAGGUAAAAUAGAUUCUUCAGAUGGUUUACCCAAACACUGGGCUUCCUGGGGCAUUUGGGGUUAGACGGGCACAGUUUCAAAAGAUACAUCAUUG